AUGCCGGCGGUCGACCUUCACGGCCGCGACGGUUUCGCCCUCCUGGCUCGAGCGUUCGUCGAGCUCGGCGCUAAGGAACACCUCCCGGCAUUGCCGGCGGCUGGGGCCCGCGACGUGGCAUCCGCCCUGGCUUCGGCCUCCGCCCUGGUCCAGGCGGGGGUACCGGCACAGGUGUUGGUGAGCUUGGCGUCGUGGCACCGCGACCGCGCCGGGACCGGGUCAUCGACCGACGGGCCCGGCAGCGAAGCUCUGGUUAUCAGCUCAACACCGGCCCCCUCGGGAGGGGCGACGGUGGCGCAACCGGCGACGGUCGGCCAGUUGGCUGUCGCGACGGUGCCUGGCACCCGAUCCGGCGCCGUCCGACGGGCGUGCAAACGCUCGGCCAUCGAGGCGGCGCUGGCGGAACACCGGCAGGAGGCCCUGGCUGAUCUCGACGAGAACGUCCUGGCGCGCUCGUCGCAGGGACCCUUCCAGUCGCGGGUCCGCACCUGGGUGGACUUGUGCCAGGCGUGGGCCGUCGAGCCCUGGCCCAUCUCACUGGAGGCGGUUCGCAGCGUCGCGGCGUCGCUGCGUCGCGGCGGCUACCGCUCCGCCCAGAACUACUUUGACGCGGCGGUGGCCUAUCAGGAGCGGUUCCGGGAGCAGGCGGUCGACCCGCUACUCAAGAAGGCCAUGCGGCGUUACACUCGGGCGGUCCUUCGGGGCCUGCCCGGCAGCCGGCUCAAGACGGUGUUCCCGGUGGACCGGCUGACCGCCCUGGUGACGAUCAACGACGCCCCGGCGGCCCGGGCGUGGUCGCCGUGGACGUCGGCACACGCCGCGGACGCCCUCCUCCUGGCGGCAUGGUUCAUGCUUCGUGAAAUCGAGUUCGCGGCGGCGCGGACACAGGACUUAGAGGCGGCGGGCGGAACCGUCACCCUCCGGGUACCCCUGCACAAGGCGGCCACCGGCGGCCAGACCGAGCUGACCAUGCGCCAGCUGAGGUGCGCCUGCCGAGCGGCGGUGUCGCCUCUGUGCCCAUACCACUCGGCGGUUCGGCACACAGAACGCCUCAAAGCGGCGGGCAUCUGGUUCAGGGACCGGCCGCUCUUCCCCGACAGCUCUGGCGCGACCUGGGAGAAGUCGUCGGCCAUUCUCCUAUUUCGACGGGUUCUCGUGGCGGCCGGCAUACAGACCACUGCGGUCGAUCACACCGGUGCGCCGGUCCAGUUGUUCGGCGGACAUCUGGCUCGGGUGGCUGGUGCGUCCUGGCUGGCGUCCAAAGGCGUGCCCACCCCAGUCAUCCAGCUACUGGGGCGCUGGUCCUCGGCCGCCGUCGAGCUGCUGCACCAGGCGUCGGGGUGCCCGCCGCCGACGCUGGAGAUUAGCUCGGCGGUGGCGCAGGCCCCGGCGGCGUCGACCGUUCAGACGCCGGCCAUCCUGGACAUCGACCGGACCGGGAACACUCAGGUCCCCCGGCAGGAAACGUCACCGGCGGAUUUUUCACCCGCGGUCGACUUCGUCCCGGAGCCCACGCCCGACCCGGCGGCCCUGACAGCCGCGACGGGGACGGCGCCCGAGCACUACAUCUACAACGCCAAGGCGCUGAGAGUGCACGCGGCGGACCCGGCCGAGGCCUCGGCUGACAGGGGCGAGGGAAAGGCCCUAGGCAGCUUGUCGCCGGCGGCCCGUCCGAGUUACCAGCCGGCCCGUCGACUAGCGCUGCGUCUCUGCUCUGCUCGUCCCGCCUCCCCCCUCGUCGCCGGUGCCAUGGCUUCGGCGGCUUUGGUCUCCUCGGCCAUGGUGGAAUUCCCAACGCUGGCGGCGUCGGCUGGUGCCGGCCCCGACAUGUUGGCGUACCUCGAGGCGCGCUCCCUUAACCGCACCGCCACGCUGGCGCUCGUGGCGGACACCUGGGAGAGCGUGGAUACCAAGGUGUUCCGGCCGUUCCGCGACGGCGUCGUCGUGGCCGGCACCAUGCACAAGGUGGACGACGAGGAGGCCCCGGUCGCACAGGCGAUCCUGCGCCACAUGUGGUCGGAGGCGAGGAGGCAGUGGGACCUGUUCUCGGCCCCGCCUCCCCGGCCGGCACCGGCCGCGCCGGCACCCUCACCGGCAUCGGCUUCGCUAACACCUGGCCCUGGCGAUAAACCGCCCAAGGGCUUCCCGGAGUGGGGUCGACUCGUCGACGCAUACAACAAGGUCCUUCUGGGCGGCGAACCCCGGACCUUCCCGGCCGACGAGCUCCUCGGCGCUGAGGACGUGCUGGCGAGGAUGCACUGGGAGCACACGAGGGACAAGCUCUACACUCCCGUCGCCAUCGGCGAGAUCCUCUCCAAGCGCACGUUCUCGGCGCUCAAGGUCGUGAACCCCUUGUCGGCCAGGCGCAGCACCGGCUCGGCCCCGCACCAGAUCAAGCUCGUCGACGGCGCCCUGGCCGUCGAGAAAAACCGGCCCCUG